UGCGCCCGGCCGCCGAGCUCUCGGGCCUCGGCCCCGCUCCGCCCCGGCUCUGCCCCGCGCUGAGGGCAGCGAGGACGCCGCCGCCGCCGCCGCCGCCGAGCAGCAGCAGGAGGAGGAGGAAGAGGAGGAGGAGGAAGGUGCUCGCUCGCUCGCUCGCUCCCGCCGCCGCUCCGGCAUGAGCGCGGCUUUCCAGCCCUCGCUGAUGAUGAUGCAGCGCCCGCUGGGAAGCAGCACGGCCUUCAGCAUCGACUCGCUGAUCGGCAGCCCCCCUCCGCCCGCCCCCGGGCACUUCGUGUACACCGGCUACCCCAUGUUCAUGCCCUACCGGCCCGUGGUGCUGCCGCCGCCGCCGCCGCCGCCGCCCGCGCUGCCGCAGGGAGCGCUGCCCCCCGCGCUGCCCCCCGCGCACCCGCACCACCACCAGCUGCCCAGCCUGCCCUCCGGCUUCUGCUCCAGCCUGGCACAGGGCAUGGCGCUCACCUCCACGCUCAUGGCCACGCUGCCCGGCACCUUCCCCGCCUCCCCGCAGCACCAGGAGGCCGCCAGGAAGUUCGCGCCCCCCGGGAACUUCGAGAAAGCCGAGGGGAUCCCCCCGGACGGCGGCGGCGAGGAUGGGAAAGGCUUCCUGGGCAAGGACGGGGCGCUCCUGCCCUUCCCCGCCGCCGACGCCGUCCAGGCUUCCCUCGCCGGGGCUCUCCGGGGCCAGGGCAAGGAGGAUCCCAAAGCAGAGGAGGACGCGAAAGGCAAGGAGGAAAGUUUCUCCAUGGACAGCGAUCUCGAUUAUAGCUCGGACGACAACAUCCCCGGCCAGGCUGCUCACAAGGAAGAGGACUCUGGCAACGCGCUGGAGGAAAACCCCCAGAACCCCCCCAAUUCCGCCAACACCACCUCCACGGGCAAAAACCGGCGGAGGCGAACAGCCUUCACCAGCGAGCAGCUGCUGGAGCUGGAGAAGGAGUUUCACUGCAAAAAGUACCUGUCCCUGACAGAGAGGUCCCAGAUCGCUCACGCCCUCAAACUCAGCGAGGUGCAGGUGAAAAUCUGGUUCCAGAACAGGCGGGCCAAAUGGAAACGGGUCAAGGCGGGCAACGCCAACUCCAAGACAGGGGAACCUUCCCGAAACCCCAAGAUCGUGGUGCCCAUCCCGGUGCACGUCAGCAGGUUCGCGAUCAGGAGUCAGCACCAGCAGCUGGAGCAAGCCCGACCCUGAUCUCUCCCUCCUCCUCCUCCUCCUACGCUCACAGCCACAAGGGUCUUUUUUUUUUUAAAUGGGAAAAAAGUUUCCAACCCGGGGUUUGAAGGCGACCCACCCGAAUAAAAACAGAAUGGAGAGAAGCAAAAACAAAAUAAAAAGAAACAAACCCCAAAACCCCCAACAACGACAACCACGACAAAACGCACCACCAAAAAAAAAACCCCACCAAACCUAAACCAACGCGAAAAUCAAACAAAACCCCUGGCGAGCGCAUGGCAAAUCCCCACCACGAGCGAACUUUAAAGCGAAACUUUCCACUGGCCGCCGAGGGAAGAGGCUUGGAAACUGUUUGGGUUCGGAGCAGGGAUAGCCCAGGCUGGAAGAGACCCCCACACACCCCUCCCACACACACACAGAUAUUUAUUGCGAGGCUGCCCCGCUUUGGACACCCUUGGCUGGCGCGGCGGAUGCGGAGCCGGCGCUGGAGCAUCCCCAGCGAAACCCGCGGCGCCUUUAACCCAUCUUUGGGCUUUUCUUUCUUAUUCGGGGGCGAAAGGUAAAAGAAAAACAACAAAAAAGACGAGAGAACAAACAAACGAACAAAAAAAAGAAACCCGAAAGAAAACUCAGAGUUUCAUUUCAUGCCUUUUUUUUUUUAUUGUUUGGUUUUAUUGCCGAUGGCUGAGUGGCAGGCACUGGGGAAUGAGUUUUAAAAUCUAAUUUUUUUUAAUUUUUUUUUUUUUUUUGCCUGGCUUUCUGUCGA